UCGCUUAGCUUUUAAAAGAGUCUUGGCAAUAUAUGAAUGAUUCACUUCUGUCUUUUUUUUAAAUGUAAUGGAUAUUCAUUUGUAUUUCCAUCAACUCAACAACAACUGUGCUUUGCACACAUCGUCCAUAUGUCCAUCCCUGGGGUUAGCCAUAAAAUGGCAAACUAGCGAAACAGAAAUAUCUAGUCUACUCAAUACGGCAGUACUGGUUAAAUUACUUAUCUUACUAAUCUUACUAUCUUGCUUACUAAUCUUAAACAGGGUUAAGGUCAAAAUAAAUGCAUAUUAUUGGCAUACAUGCAUACAUACAUACCACUGAACUCCCAAAACCAAAAAUAUAAACCGUUCAUAACCUAUAAUAGGAGAGCUUUAGCAACCAAAAACCAUUGUUCUUGAAAAAAACGUAUGUUUCGUAGCAUGACUGCUUGUUGUUCUGCGGUCACAUGUGCACACUAUCCAUCCCAUCUGCCCUAAAUAGUAUUAAAAAUUACUAAUUUUUACAUCGAUUUUAGGAUGGAUAGUAUGCACAUUGGGACGCAGGCCGAGUUUAAUAAUCGCAGACAGGUGUGUUGGAGCAGGAUGUGAACUGAAGUGUACAGGACGAGAGCUCUUCAGGGGCAUGGUCACUGACCAACAGCAAGCUGAAGCCGGAGGAGUGGCCAUAGAAGCCUGUAAUACGAGCCGAAGCAAAGUGAAAGCGUCGGAGCACCAGUAUUUAUGUCAAAGAUCAACGCAGCAACAGAUUAAAAAUGGAGAGCAACCAGCACGCUGUGUUUUUUGAGGCAGGCGUUCUCUCAGAUGCAGAACUUGGACAUAUUCACAAGUACUUUCAAAUCAAGAGAAAGUCUGGAGGGGGAGAGUGUGAGAUCAGCAAAGUGGGUGACAAUACUUACAUGAUCAGUUUUAUGGUAGAAGAAACCCAGAAAAGAGUGCUUGAAAGAAAGGAUCAUGUCAUCAAUAUAGAAGGACAGGAGAUCCGUGUUUCGUUGAGAUGUGAAAACUUUGCUGAAAGCGGCAAACAACCGAAAGCAUCUGCAAGUGAGAGUGCUAAAUGUGUGGAGAAGGUUUUUAAAUUGGACUAUUAUCUACUACGCUACUUAAAUGAAUGUAAAAAGGCAAAUUCAGACUUGAAGAAACUUCUCUCUGCGCUCUCCAGCACUUUCCAGAUCAACGUUGACUGUGAAGAGUUGGUGGUGGUGAGGGACCCAGCCGCUGAAGACACCGGUUCACUGCAGACAUGGGAACGUGGGGUGGACCAACAGAUUGAGGAACUAAGGACACGCUAUAUAAUCCACUUUGAGGUUGAGCGCGACACAUCUGAAGAAAUCUCCUUGCUCGAAAGUGAGAACGUAAAAAUAUAUGGAGAUUUGACUUGCCUAACUGUGGUGGUUGGAGAACAAAAUGAAGUGGAGGAAAAAUUAAUGUGUAUAAGUGGUUUGAAAGAAAAACAGCAGGUUCAUCGAGAGUGCCACAUGUCUGAGAAUCAAUUCAAUCUCAUCAAAGAGCAGUUUGAGCAGUACGUGAGGUCUAAUUUACCAGCCCUUAAGAUCGCACAGGAACAAGUGGGUGUUGUUCUUCUGAAGGGUUCAGAGGAAGAGGUCCAAGCAGGUGGUAACAAGCUGCAAGAGCUAAUUUUAGAAAUCAAAGAGAAGACGAUCCCAUCACAUCGUGAUCUAAUGACCUUCUUGGAAUCAAGUGGCAGUAUACAGCACUUCCAAAACAGAUUUCAGCAGAGCCUCCGCAGCCCGGUCGUGCUGGAGGCUUCAGGUUCAGAUCUUCUUCUGUUGAGUCUGUCUGAUGGAGCGCUAGAGGAGGCAGCCGCUGCUGUGCAGAGAGAAGUGUGUUUGGAGACUGUGCGCCUGGAGUCAUCUGCAUCUAAUACACUGAAGGAGGAUUUGAAGGAAGCCGUCAAACAGGCCAAUCGUGGAAGCGUUAAAGUCAAGCUUAAAUACCAGGAUGAAUCAAGCCCUGACCCCAAAGUGCAACUGGUGGGCUUCACUACUGAAGUUGAUAAACUGAAGAACAUUUUACUGGAAUAUAAAAGAAAUCAGCAGAGCCAUCAUGUCUCCCUGCCUCUACCCAGGCCAGAAAUGGCAGAGCACUUCUCUGAGAUCUUGGCGAUGGCCGGUGUUAAGAAAAGCAGUGUGGAUAUAAAGACAACAUGUCUGCCUACCCCAUGCGUCCACCUCACUGGACCUCGCUGUGAAGUUGAGAGUUUGAAGGACGGUCUGGUUUCAUUUCUUCCGAAUCUUGCCACUAAACAAUGUGAAGUGAAAGGACCCGGAGUUAAACAGUUUUUUCAAAGUGACGGUGCAAGAAACUUGCAAUUAGUGAAGAAUUCUUUUAUGGUUGUGAUACUGCCUAUUGAGGAUAAGCAAGAAAGAGUUCAAAUUCCCAGAAACACAAGCAGUAUCAGUCUCCAGCCAUCUGCUUCUUACCAAGACUCUACAGAUCGUGACGAAAAAAUAAACAUUAAAGUUGUGGUUGGUGGCCUUGAGCAACAACAGGCAGAUGUGUUUGUGGCUCCGAUGAUCCAAACAAACAUGACCUCAACCUUAAUUGGAUCAUCCCUGUUGAAUAAAGCAGGACAACAGCUUCAAAAUAACUUCAACAAUGCAAAAGGAAAUCAGACUCUUAGGCCUGGAGAAGUGCUGGAGGUGGAUGCGACACCAGCGUUGGGAUGCUCCAAGGUUUUCUUCAUAGAAUGUGCUCCAAAAGGAAAUAAGCACAACAGUGAAAAAGCGCUCCACUCUGGGCUUGCCAGAGUUUUUGAGCUGUUUGAGCAGAACUCUUGGGGUUCGAUUGCAUUGCCAGUAAUUGGACCCGGCAUAGUGCUGUCAAUACCGGUCAAAGACUCUAUUAAUAUUCUAACUCAGGAGAUCUGUGAAUUUUUAUCCGUAUCCACUGGUCAUCUGCACACCAUUUGUAUUGCAAUAAUGCCUAAUUGUGCUCAUUCUGAAGAGAUGUUCCAGACAGUCUGUGGGAAUCUGAGUGCGAAAGUGGUGGACAACAGAGGAAAAGCUCUGUUUCACUCACUGACCUCUGACCUUGAUGAGAUCAUCAUGCCAGUACAUGGGAUUGAAGUCUGUCUGGUACUCGGAGACAUCAUUAAUGAGACUACCGAUGCCAUCGUGAACACCACCGACUUUAAGAACUUCCAGAUAGCAGGAGUGUGUAAAGACAUCCUUACUAAGGCAGGGCCUCAAAUCCAGGCCCAACUGAAAGCUGCUCAUGUAGGGAGCGGGCAGAUCUUCACAACCCCACCAGGAGGCUUCCCAUGUAAAACCAUCAUGCAUGUUUGUGGAGAGAGAAACCCUGAUGUUAUCAAGAGCUUAGUAAAACAAAUAGUGGUUCAGUGUGACCAGGGCUGCUACAGGUCUGUGGCCAUUCCUGCGAUCUGUGCUGGACAAAGAGGUUUGAAUCCAAGUGUGGUGGCCAAGUCCAUUCUAGAGGGAGUAGAGAAAGGUUUACAAGGAGCGAAUCUUCAACAUCUCAAAAGUAUUCGCAUCAUUCUGCGGGAGAUGGACAUUUUCCUGAAGUUCAAAGAAAUGGCAUCGCAGGUCUUUGGUGUUAGACCACUGUUGGCAGCUCCUGCACCACUUGUACCGGGGAGCCGUGCAAGCAGCAGCAGUGACUGGGCUUCAACUAAAUUGAGCAGUUCCUUACCGGCCAAUAUUGACUUGAGUUCUCGAGUAAAAUCUUUGCCUGAUACAGAGAGCAGGGCAGCAUUUCUAGUCAUCGGUCUUACCAACAGUGACGUGUCUGAUGCCUGUAGAGAGCUCCAGCGAGUGUAUGGCAGUCAGUGCUUUACACAUACUUUCAUUCCUGAUGAUUUUAGAUGCCUUACUAAGGGUGAAAUGGACCGGCUGCUGUCUACAGUGAACUUAAUGCACCUGCAGUUAGAUAUAAGCAAGUCUAAUAGAUGGGAAGUAAAAGGGCUGAAGGAUGGAGUGGAUAAGGUGGUUAAACUGAUACAACAUGCACUUCGGAGACAGGUAAGGGAGAAAGAAGAGGCUCUCCUCUUCACUAAAGUCACGUGGUGCAUUCUUGGCCCAUGGGGUGUUUGGCAGAAACUACCAAAAAAAGUUAAUCAUAAGCUUGAGAAGGCAGAUGUGAAAGACGGAAUAGUGGAUGCACAAGGUGAGAAAUAUACUGUGGAUCUGCAAAAGAUGAAGGUCACAGCAUGUGGUUCAGGACAGCCGACCGCUCUCAAACGACUGCAGAACCUUUCAGAUUUUGCUUUGCCAAUCUACUGGGACAACAUGACUGAAAGCGACCACUUAAAGGUGAUUGACCUGGAUCGGUCAUCCAUGGAGUACAAGACUGUGAGCAAGGACUUUAAUAAGACCGUCACAAAAACAGUGCUUAAGGUCCAGCGUAUCCAGAACAUUAAUCUUCGGCGGCUAUACAAGGGGCGUAAAAAAGAGCUUGAGAACAGAAAUGGUCCUGUGGGAGCGGCGGAGAGGAUCCUUUAUCACGGCACAUCGGAGGAAUCCUGCUCAUCCAUCAUGCAGUCGAACUUUAAUCGCAACUUUGCUGGGCAAAAUGCCACCCUCUACGGUCACGGGACGUACUUCGCCGUGAACGCCAGCUACUCUGCCCGAACUACCUACGCGGUUCCAGCAGCAGACGGGACUCAGCUCAUGUUUGUGGCUCGUGUGCUUACGGGUCACUACGCCCUGGGUCAGGGGGACAUGAAGACGCCCCCUGUUCGUGUGGCACCUGACCUCUACGACAGCGUGGUGGAUAACAUGCAGAAUCCCACCAUGUUCGUGGUUUUCCACGACUGCCAGGCUUAUCCAGACUACCUCAUCACAUUCAAAUGAACUUCAGCAAAAACCAUCACUGGCUGGAGAUCCAGACGAUUUUGUCAUUACAUAGGGGAAUUUACAUUUAAAUUAAUCAUUUAGGAAAUGCUUUUAUUCAGGGAAUUUGAUUUAGUUACCAUACACCAUUUUAUGUUUUUGUCACAUUUAUCUAAUUGUUAAUAAUAGCUAAUUCACAAGAUAAUAUGAGCAGAAUACGUCAAAACAAAGCUGUCUGUAGAUUAUUGAACAGUUACAUAU